AAUUCAUCUAUUAAUAUUUUAAAUAUUUUACUUCUUGGUGAAAAGUGUUUGAUAAUUGAAUAAACGAACUGUUUCCAAUAAUUGUUAUGUGAUCAAAUAAAUGUUAGCCUGAGAAAUUUGAAGAAGAAAUAAAUCGUUUUUAUAAGGCUGUUGUUUGCGUAGUGUUUCAUCGCAUCUUGUUUAAUGUAAUUAUUUCAAUUGUAUUCUUAUGUUUAAAUAUCAUAACUAGUGUUUUCAAAUAUUUUCUGUUGUCAUAAUGGAUCUAUUUGUACGCUGAUUUAACUUUAACAGGAAUUUUAAAAGUUCUUUGGUAUCCUGACAUUGAUGUCGAUAUUUCUUUUCACUCGAUUUAAAAUUAUAAUUAGCUACAGUGUUUCGUACAUACGGAUACGCGUAAACAAUGUGAGUUGACUCUUUAAUUUGAAUGAUUCAUUCCAAGAAAUGAUCUAUACUCGUGUACAAACACCAUACGAGGAAACAGAGUAGCAUAUUUAAGAAAAACAAGCUUGGCGGGUCUAAAAUGUUGGAAAUAGAGGAGAGAGGAUACUUUCAUUGGGCAGAUUGGCUGGUGUUCGCGCUGAUGCUCGCCGUAUCUGCCGCCGCAGGAUUAUGGCAUUACAGGAGAGCGCAGAAGUCGAGCACGGAAGAUUAUCUCCUAGGAGGAAAGAGCAUGAGCCUCUUUCCCGUGUCCGCCUCCCUCGUCGCUAGUUUUAUAUCUGGCGUAACAAUUCUCGGCACACCUGCUGAAAUAUACAAUUUCGGGACCCAGUAUUGGAUCACCAUUAUUUCCAUAUUCUUCUCAGGGGUUGUAGUGGCCACCGUCUAUGCUCCAGUUUUCGUCUCCCUCGGAUUGAAUUCCGUUUACGAGUACUUGGAAAUAAGAUUCAAUCGAGGCGUAAGGACCCUCAUAUCGUUGAUCUUCGUUAUUGACGUGGUGCUUUACCAAUCGAUCGUGGUCUACGUUCCAGCGUUAGCGUUAAAUCAAGUGAGCGGCAUCGAUGUACAUUUGAUCGGGAUCAUUGUAUGCCUGGUGUGCGUGUUCUACACCGUUCUGGGUGGCAUCAGAGCAGUGGUUUGGACAGAUGCUCUUCAGGUUGCAGUCAUGGUAGCUGGGAUGUUAACAGUUACCGUACUAGGUACUUAUCGAAUCGGUGCAGCAGAAAUAUGGAAAAGAGCCCAAGACGUCAAUAGAAUCGAAUUCUUAAACUUCGAUCCGUCUCCAUAUACAAGACACACAGUGUGGACGGUGUUGAUUGGAUCGUGGCUGUACAGUACCGCUUACAUAGCCGUCAAUCAAACCAUGGUGCAACGAUACAGGUCAUUGAAAGAUCUGAAAACGUCCAAACUAUCGCUGGCGAUAUUUACUAUCAGUAUUAUGUUAUUCAUUUCACUGUGCUGCUGGUGCGGCCUCGUACUCAUAGCCUGGUGGUCUCCGCCAAAAUGCGAUCCCAGAGCUUCCGGUUUGAUCACUGCCGACGAUCAACUGUUACCCGCUUAUGUUAUGGAAAUAGCGGGUCGGUUGCACGGGGUGCCGGGUCUCUUUGUAGCUGGAAUUUUUGGAGCCGCCCUUAGUACCCUUUCAGUAGGUUUCAAUUCAACAUCCGUCGUGCUUCUGGAAGAUUUCGUGAAAGGUUGCUUCGGUAUGAAACUGACCGAUCGAUGUUCCACCAUUUUCGUUAAGACGGUGGUCGUCCUCCUCGGCUCCAUAGCCUUGGGUUUGAUAUUUAUGGUCGAGAAAUUGGGAGGAGUUUUAGCUAUAACCGGAAGUCUGGCAGCAAUUGCUGCAGGUACCUCUUUCGGAGUAUUUACGUUAGGUAUACUUUUCCCGUGGACAAACUCAAAGGGUGCAUUUAUGGGCGCCAUCGUAGGUUUCGUGAUCGCCGGAUGGGCGAGCUUAGGUGCAAAUUGGUCGAUUGGCGCUGGGUUACUAGUUCCUAAGAAACUUCCGGUUCCUCUCUCUCAGUGCUCGGGCAAUAUAUCCGAAAGUUUCCUGAAACAAUUUGAUCGUCCAAACGAAGAUGAUGUAUUUCCUCUUUAUCGAUUAUCUUAUCAUUGGUUCACCGGUUUGGGCACAUUAAUCGUAAUCGUCGUAGGUAAUUUCAUUAGCUGGUGGACUGGUCCCACAGAUCCUUCUUCCAUCGAUAAGAGACUUCUUUCUCCGAUAAUUCAUUCAUGGUUACCAAAACCGAAAGACCAAAAUGGAACUACAGAAAACUCAACUGGAAUCCCUGCUUUACAAACAACAGCAAACAUGCUGUUAGCUGAUUUGAAAGAAAAACGAAGACGUCAAAACUUCCCCAAUGGAAUCACAACAUAGUCUACUUUUCUAUUAAAAAACACUGUUUUGGGUGUUCAAGUUUUACUCACAAAAUCGUACCUAAAUCACACUGAAGGAUACUCAGCUAUCUUUUGUCCUAUUCCCUUAUAGUAUUUGAGGGUAGAUACCAAACUCACGUUCCAAUCUUUAUCAGUCAGUUGUGGAUCAACUGAUAGAUUUUAAGUAGACCAAAUUAUAAGCAAAGAUGAUAUUUUUUUUAAAUGCACUAGCGUAUUGAAACACAACUAUCACAAACACUGCAGUAUUUUACAAUUUGUAAACGAGAUAGAGAGAAAUAAAUGUUUUUU